AUGUUAAAGAUUACAUUUCUACUUUUUACCAUUAUUGCUUUGUGCCUUGCUGCUGAUCCCUUGACUUUAGUGAAAAAAGACUAUGUGACGCAUACUGGAUAUUAUUAUGGUAUUCCUGUUGAACUUCAUGUGUUCAACAUAAUUACUGGGCUUACUAAACCACCAUCUCAUAUCCGAAGUAAUCGCAUUUACGUGUUUAUUCCUCCAUCUGGAGGUUACAAAGUUCAAAAAAAUCUUAUAGACUUCAUCCCAGGUGAUAAUGGUUAUUCGGAUUUAUGGCAUGUAAAUGUUGUCACUGGAAGGAAAUCAGGUGAUCCACCAGUAAAAAGUGUCUCCGAUUUACUGAAAUUAGAAAGAGAUAAUUGUGUAAAAAUAAAACCUAUUAAAUUAUUUGUAAACAUUCCUAUCGUGGGCUCGGGUUCGACUCUUAAAAAUCCUCUUGAUGCAGCGGCAAAAACUGUCUACUACCGUGGCCAAAUUGUUAACUGUUUUGAUUUCGGACCAACUGAAAACCUUGAUGUAACUGCCCCUCUAGUUCACGUCUUAGAUAAUAAAGAAAAUGUUGUACUCGCGUUGCCUUCCACUAUUCCCGGAGAAAAAGAUUUUUCCGCAUGGUGGAACAUUUUUAAUGUUUCACCACCAUAUUUUCACAACAUUACAACAAUUUUGGGAGAAAUUAAACAAUAUGAGAGAUUUUUUUCAGGCAUUAACAUAAAUUGUCCUAUUGUUAGCGUUGGCGGAAAACCAGUACGAGGUGAUCCAAAAUGGGAAGAGAAACUUUGCAAAAGGGGUUAA